GAAAAUAUAGAACUGAACAAGCGAGGUAAAAUUAAAGGCAAGUUCAGGUGCGGUUCUACAAGAAGAGAGUUCGCGUUUCAUACAAAAUCAGCUUUUCCGUUGAAAUCUAUCCAUCGGAAUCUCGUCUCAGACGCUGCCGCGUCGGGGAGCGUUGUAGAUCGGGGAGGCAAAGCAAGAUUUAAUAAACAUGGUUGAUUCCGGAAUUUGGGGGAAAACAAUUUUGAUUAUCAUUUCUGCAGUUCUUUUACUGUGUUGCGAAGAGGUUCUGGCAAAAUCUCGAGUGCCAUUAUCGGAGGAAGAGAUUCGGCAGAAGAAAAACGAUUGUUAUGCGGACAUUGAGAGUGGAUUAUGGGGUGAGCGAUGCAAGUCUUCCAUCAUAGCCAAGGAGAAUUGUGCUCUGCAAUGCUUGUCUCCGGUUUGUUAUGAGCUCAUCUACGAGAGUGAUCCGUUGGAAGAAGGAGAGAAAGAUUACACUCGAAACUCAGAGUACAAGUACUGCAUGCAGAGGGUAUCUCUUGGAGAAAGCUUAGAAGGCAUCAGAGGCUUCUUCGGGUAACGGCGCCGACGACGAUGAUGAUUGUCAGCUUGAUUUCUCUCCUACAUGACCACAUUUGCAUCUCAUGGCUCAAAUGGUAAGAAUUUACAGUACAAUUUACUUGUUGGUUUCAAAGGUGUUAGAUUUUCACCUGAAUUAUUGUUUUCGUGAAUAUAAGUUUGAUCAAUUUAUUUAAAAAUAAAAAUAAAUAGAAAAAUGUUUUCGUAAGGGAUUACUGGUGUAGGGGUUGGACUUGUGACCGUGAGGUUAUGUGUCAUAUUUGUGACUAUGUGUACAGUCUAUGAACAUUUUAAUAUAUUUCAAAUGUGUUGUAAUUUUUAGUAUAUGAUCCGAAUAUUUAAA